UUCCUAUAAUUGACAAGGAAGGGCAACAACGACAACAAUUAGUUUUUAUAGGUUAUAAUUAAGAUUUUGAUUUAAUGAAUAUUAAUUUUCCAAAUUUUGUGAAAUUUGCGAAACUUUACAAAUUAACAAAAUUGUUAUUGUUACCACAAGAUAUUCCAGUUUUCAGUAUAUAGAUAUAUAGGAAACCACGUGUUUUUUUGACAGUUCGUCAAAGUUUUUUUUAUUUAGAGAAAAAGUUCUGUGAUUUUAGUUUUUUUAAAAAAUGAUUUCUGACGUUAUGGAAUUAUUGGAAAAUGAAAAAAUGACCAGGAUAUGUGCCCCCAUGGUCAGGUACAGCAAGUUGCAAUUUCGAACAUUGGUGAGACGAUACAAUUGCGAUAUUUGCUUCACGCCGAUGAUAUUAGCAGAUUCUUUUGUACAAUCCUCGAAGGCUCGUGAUAUUGAAUUUACCACUAAUCAAGAUGACAAACCAUUAAUUGUUCAAUUUGCUGCAAAAAAUGCCGACGAUUUUGUUCAAGCUGCAGAAAUGAUUGCACCAUAUUCCAAUGGAGUGGAUUUAAAUUGUGGCUGUCCGCAACGUUGGGCGAUGAAAGAAGGAUACGGAGCACAUUUAUUAAAGGAGCCUCAAGUAAUUAAAGAUCUAAUCAACCAAGUGCGAAAUCACAUUCCCAAGCCUUUCACAGUUUCCGUGAAAAUUCGCCUCUUGAAAAAUUUGAAAGAAGCCGUAAACAUUUGUCAAACAAUCGAAAAAGCAGGUGCAUCGUUUCUUACGAUUCACGCUCGCACACCUGAAAUGAGAAACGAUCCAAUUGAUUUAGAGAGUUUGAAAAUUCUUCGUGACUCUGUUAAAAUUCCAGUAAUUGCCAAUGGAGCUGUAAAAACACUCGACGAUGCAUUACAUCUAACAGAAGAAUCCAGAUGUAAUGGCGUCAUGUCAGCUGGUGGAAUUUUAACAAAUCCCACUUUAUUUUCCGGCUCGAAUGUAACAACAAUAAAUUGUAUUCAAGAUUGGCUUGAUAUAACAUCAGCAAUUCCAACCAGUUUUCUAACUUUUCAUCAUCAUUUAGUUUUUAUGCUGGAAAAAGUUGUUCCCAAAACGGAGAGAAAAAUUUUCAAUGUCUUGCAAGAUGAGAAUUCUGUUUUGAAUUUUAUCGAAGAAUAUUUUAAUCUAACUCCAAAUGUGAAUUCGAAUCCUUAUGAAAUUACUCGCUGUGUUUAUGAAUCAUUACCGAGUAAAUGUGCAAAAAAUAAUGAUAAUUUAAAUGAUGAAGGACUGUCGGAUUUAUUUUUGGAAAAUUUAUUUGACUGAUGGUAUGGAAAUAUUUUUUUUAUUACUUUCAAUAAA